AUUUCCUUCUCGCCUCUCUCUUCGUCUCUGCUCUCUAUCCACUGUUUCUUCUUCUUCUUCUUCUUCCCUCCCCAACAUUCCGGCCACCGGUGCAUCUUCGAGGAGUAAGCUUUCUUGUAGAAGGCCGUCGUUUCCUUGUUCUGAUCCCAGAAGCUGCAAGAACAUGGACAGUGGAAGAGGUGCCCCACGGCCACUGCGUGUACUGGGUACCACUGCUGCUGUUUUUUUUGGAGGAAUGUUCACUCUCUCUCUAGCUUCCUCGUUCACUAUUCGAACUGUUAAGGCGGUUGCUGAGGCUAAACGGAAAAAGGUUGCACUGCCAUGUGGGGUUUGCAGAGGAAAAGGGUUUUACAUAUGUAAAUUAUGCAAAGGGGCUUCUACCAUAGAAUGGUCACCUUUGUUUGAUCCUCUUGUCAUAAACCCGUGUCUUUGUCCUACCUGUGAUGGAAACAGGUAUCUUUGGAAGCUGAUAGCCGAUCGUGGUUCUUGGACCCCACAGGGGUCUAUUUUUGCUAAUCUUUUUGUGAAUUAUUGGGUACAACGCUGUCUCAAUUGUUUGGGGAAGGGCUACAGUUGACUGGUGGCGUUGUUUGCUGCUCCAAUCAAAUUUCCAACUCCUGGGAACUUGGCAACAAAGAAGCUGAUACUGUUGUGGUUAUUGACUUGUAUGGCAGCCCUCGUACCUUAAAGUUUAGAUCACAAGAAGCCCUACAGAAAAAUGUUACUCCAAAUAACCAACCGCUCCAUGCAUGUUCAAGCUCUUUGUGCAUUAUAUGUGUUUAAAUUUUUCUGUGUACAGGUAUGCAUGCGCAAACAUCUAUCUUUUUGGUUGCUGAGGAUUUUGUAUGAAUGAUAAUGAUGAUUGGGGAACAAGUGAAACAAAAAGAAUAAAAACAUCAUAAAAUUUUUUUUUUUUGUACAGACAGAAA